UAUCUGUAUAUAGAACCAUGUUAGUGGACCUUUAGGUUUCGUUUUAAAUGAGGUAUCUAACACAACAUUUAGAACAGUUGCUAACUUUACUUUAAGAGCAGAGGCAGUAAAACGCCUUUUUAAAAUACUAAUAUGAUUUUCAUCAGCGCGCUGAUCUUCUUUGGAUUUCUGUCUUGUACCAUCGCAAAGGACUCAUGUUACAACAAGACGGAUUAUGAGUUCUACAUUGUGCAAAAUCUCGUAGACGAUGUUCAGAAAAGGAUAAAAUCUCUGAAAGAAAAUGUGAACGCGGCAGUUAAUGCACAAUGUCCAAAUACGACGUGCCCAAACACAACUUGUCCGGACGGAUGGGUGUCCUACAAAGGGUCAUGUUAUUUGUUCGAGAAUGGCCAAUCACGUAACUUUCAAGAAGCAAGUAACUUUUGUCAGAACUUUGGAGCUGUCUUGGCGUAUGUGACUGAUGAAUCGGAGAACAAUUUCAUUCGAGGAAUGCUUGGACGUAUGAAGCCAAGCAGCUGGUUUAUAGGCUUGACAGAUCAGGGCACCGAAGGUGUGUAUAGAUGGGUGGGCACAAACAUCACCGCAGAAUAUACUGCGUGGUCUUCAAGUGAACCUUCAGGUGUCACCCACGAGAACUGUGUUUUUUAUCAUGGCUCUGAUUCUUUUCACUGGCACGACAUUCCCUGUUCUUCAAAAUCUUCUUCGAUUUGCAAGAAAAUGAACUUCUGAAGGACCUCUAACGUUACUAUAUGACAAGGAUGUUAUAUAUGGUCUCAAAUAGAUUUCUUUUUGCAUUAGUUAGUGUGGUUCAGAGAUUGUGAACAGUGAUGACAGUGAUAUUGUUCUUAAUGUCAUUAUGUAGGUGUGUUUUGUCUAGUCAAUUUGUAGUUUAUUAUUGAAGAUGUGAGUGAAACAGUCUGCAUAAUUAAGUGGAAUAAAAACCGUUAAAGAGUCUUUUUUUUUCUCAAACUGAAUAUUAAAAUCAUACAUGUAUUUGAUAAAUAAUAAACCAAUAGCAUCCUU